AUGAUUGCAGCAACACAUCAAACAAAUGUCCCUGAGGGACCUCAACUUGAUGACCCAACAUCGGAAAAACUGGCGUCAAGUCCCAGAGCCAAUGAUGUCGAAAAGCAAAGGACGAACGAGUCCGAGGAGCUCACUGAGAAACAAUCAGCCUUCAAAAGUCUUGGGUGGUUAGAUCGUUUUCUGGCUUUAUGGAUCUUCCUUGCGAUGGCCAUCGGGAUCAUACUGGGAAAUUUUGUGGAAAAUACAGGCCCUGCAUUACAAAAGGGGAAGUUCGUCGGGGUUUCUGUUCCGAUCGCGGUCGGUCUUCUGGUUAUGAUGUAUCCCAUUCUUUGCAAAGUGCGAUACGAAUCUUUACACCAUAUCCUACGACAGCGUGGUAUCUGGGUCCAGAUUGCAUUUAGUAUCAUUGUGAACUGGAUCAUUGCACCCUUCUUGAUGCUGGCACUGGCGUGGGCUUUCCUACCUGAUGAACCAGAGCUUCGGGAAGGACUGAUUCUAGUCGGAUUGGCUAGAUGUAUUGCUAUGGUCCUCAUAUGGACUGGCCUGGCUGGCGGGGAUAGUGAAUACUGCGCCAUCCUCGUUGCGAUAAACUCACUCCUGCAGAUGGUGCUCUUCGCCCCCUUAGCCAUCUUAUUCAUCAAGGUCAUUGGCAACCCGAGUAGCCAUAUUACGCUCUCUUAUACGACCGCUGCGAAAAGUGUAGCAGUGUUUCUCGGUAUCCCACUAGGCGCGGCAAUCGUCACUCGCAUUACCCUUCGAAAGUUGGCCAGUCCACGUUGGUACGACCAGGUCUUCUUGAAGUGGGCCGGUCCGUGGUCACUGAUUGGGCUUCUCUUCACGAUCCUUGUUUUAUUCGCUUCUCAAGGCCGUCAAGUGGUCCAUCAGAUUGUGUCCGUCAUCCGAGUUGCCGCGCCUCUCAUUGUCUACUUCAUCAUUGUUUUCUUCGUCACUCUUCUCGUGACUUACAAGCUUGGGUUUGGUUAUAAGUUGGCUGCUACUCAGAGCUUCACUGCUGCCAGCAAUAAUUUCGAGCUUGCCAUCGCUGUUGCGGUUGCAACUUUUGGUGCUGACAGCAAUCAAGCACUGGCCUCGACUGUCGGGCCUUUGAUUGAGGUUCCGGUACUGCUUGGGCUUGUCUAUGUUGUCAAGUUUAUAGCCAAACGGGCUGGUUGGAAGGACUGA